GUAUAAUAACACCACGACACCGUCGCCGCCUGCGCCCAUUCUUCUUCCAAAGGCGACAGCUUCCCGUCUGCUGGAUCGCAAUGCAGGGGGACGGCAGAUGCCAAUUCCCCUCUUCUGCCUCCCUCUCGCGAUCCACGGACGCUUAGCAUCGGUUAUCGCCUCCUGAGUCCCUCCAAAUCCGGCCUGUGGCCUCCAUUUACCCCCCGUCAAUACUAUGUCUCUUGGCCUUUCUUUGGCGACUCGCUGUGGCUUUUUGCGGAAGGAGGUGGUUUUGGUGGUCUUGAUCGAUCGUUCGCUGCAUCAGACUGCAGUAGGUGGUGGCUUGAAGUAGGAAACGAUCGCAUUCUUGACGGUUCUUUCCGGGAUUUCUUUUAGGUUGGAAAGAUAGUUGGAUCCAAAAUUUUGGAUUCUUGGGAAGACGUAUCAAGCUCUUCCGGGCUUCAAUUUCACUUUCCAAGCUGCAUGGAGUGCUAAAGCAGAGAUUGCUUGGUUAGUUGUUGAUUUUGAAGGGAAAGAAUGGGAAAAAAAGGACUUUUUUAGGCUUUAGAUGAGGUUUCGAUGAUUAGAACGGGAGGGGAUCUUUUCAAGAGUUGCUGUGUAUGGGGCGGGGUGCAUUUUGGACUCAUAGAAAAUGCCGGUUGGAGUGGACGAUGGGAUCUGAGUGCAGACAGAGGCACCACGGUCUGAAGCUCGGCGGCGAAGCGAAGGCGGAGAAGCUGAAGGGCAGAUCCAAGUUGAAGCUUUGGAUGGUCAGGACGACGACUACGGUGCUGCUAUGGACGUGCUUCCUCCAGCUCAUGGCGCUGGGGGAGACAUGGGGGCCGAGGGUAUUGAAAGGUUGGUCAUCUUGCGUUACCUUCUCGGAUUCACCGCUCUCCGUCAAACAAGUUACUCCAAGCGUUGAGAAGAUCGUUCUUCCACCGAAAAGAAUCUACAGAAAUAAUGGGUAUGUAAUGGUUUCAUGCAAUGGUGGGCUUAACCAAAUGCGAGCAGCAAUCUGUGACAUGGUUGCUAUUGCAAAGUAUUUGAAUGUGACACUCAUAGUACCGGAGCUGGAUAAAACAUCAUUUUGGGCUGAUCCCAGUGAGUUCCAAGAUAUAUUUGAUGUUGAUCAUUUUAUCACCUCAUUGAGGGAUGAGGUACGGAUAUUAAAAGAAUUACCACCUAGACUAAAAAGGAGGAUUAAACCGGGAAUAGCCUACUCUAUGCCACCUGUUAGCUGGUCUAAUAUAUCGUAUUAUCAAAAUCAGAUUCUUCCUUUGAUAAAGAAGUACAAGGUUGUGCACUUCAACAGGACAGAUGCAAGGCUUGCCAAUAAUGGCCUGCCUUCAGAGAUCCAGAAGUUGCGUUGCCGGGUGAACUAUGCUGCUCUCAGAUUUACCUCUCAGAUCGAAGAGUUGGGUAGGCGGGUAAUUAGAAUUCUGCGACAGAAUGGUCUUUUUUUGGUUCUCCAUUUACGAUAUGAAAUGGACAUGCUGGCAUUCUCUGGAUGUACCCAUGGUUGCACUAUUGAAGAGGUAGAAGAGCUGACAAGAAUGAGAUAUGCAUAUCCUUGGUGGAAAGAGAAAGUUAUUAACUCUGAAGUGAAAAGGAAAGAUGGUCUCUGUCCUCUAACUCCAGAAGAGAUUGCUCUGAUCUUGAAGGCACUGGACAUUGAUCACAAUAUCCAAGUAUAUAUUGCUGCAGGAGAAAUAUAUGGUGGUGAAAGGAGAAUGUCUGCCCUUUCCGAUGCUUAUCCAAAUGUGGUAAGGAAGGAAUUGUUACUGGGACCCUCAGACCUUAGAUAUUUCCAGAACCACUCAUCACAGAUGGCAGCAUUGGAUUACAUGGUUUCUCUAGAGAGUGAUAUCUUUGUACCUACAUAUGAUGGCAACAUGGCUAAAGUUGUUGAAGGCCAUCGCAGAUAUUUGGGUUUCAAGAAAACUAUCAUACUGGAUCGGAAGCUUUUAGUUGAGCUGAUCGAUCAGUAUAGUAAUGGUACAAUUGGGUGGGAUGACUUCUCUUCAUCAGUGAAGGCAGCUCAUGCUAAUCGCAUGGGAAGGCCUACCAGGAGAGCAGUGAUUCCUGAUAGACCAAAGGAGGAGGAUUAUUUCUAUGCCAAUCCCCAAGAGUGCCUUCAACAGCCUGAUGAGCCAUGGACAUCAUGAGUUCUUUAUCAUGGUAUUGAUCUCUUUAGAACACAUUUGUUCAAAGAAAACCAUCAGAGCGAUCCUUCAUGAAGGUGGCCCUUGUUGGACCAAGAUCUAAAAGAUGUAGGUUUUGCUUAGAAAAGGUAAACGCAUAGCAAAGAGGUUAUUAGCACAUUGGAGGAGUGUUUUUCAUGCAGCUGCUGGAUAUACAUAUUUAUAGCAUAUCUUUCAUUCUUCUAAAUAAGAUUGAUUCCUGUGUAGAGAGGUGAGUGAAUGUGAGAAAGUGAGGAGGGAGAUCCAACUUUCAGGUUAUCUCAGCUGCAUGUACAGGAGAUAGAACAGAGAGGAUUGUUCUUUUUAUGGAUUGAAGAUGUUGCUGAAAGAUACUUCCUUCUCUUGAGGCAUUGAUCACUGAUGGAGGUAUAUGGGUAAUGGGGAUCCUUUUAGUUUAUUGAUCUAAUAAUGGUUUUCUUUAUCAUUGUUGCACAGUGAUGUAAAAGUUAAGCCUUUGGUGUCCAAUAGGUGUUUGAUAUUGAUUAAUAUUGUGCAAUUAAGUUA